GCUCCACGAGUUGCAUCAUCUUCCUAUUUGCCCAGAGCUACAUUUUGCCCAGAAACUCUGUCCCAAGAGGUGAUUAAAGAAGGCAUCCGGCAAGGACUGGAAGGGAGGCAGAAAGGGAGGCAUUGGGGAGCGAGGGUGGUCUUCUGCUGCCUCCCAGGAGGAUGGAGGUGCACAACGUGUCUGUUCCCUUCAACUUCUCCCUGCCGCCCAACUUCGGCAAGCGCCCCACGGACCGGGCGCUGAGCAUCCUCCUGGUGAUCAUGCUGCUCCUCAUCAUGCUCUCUUUGGGCUGCACCAUGGAGUUCAGCAAGAUCAAGGCUCACUUGUGGAAGCCUAAGGGGCUGGUCAUCGCCAUGGUGGCCCAGUAUGGCAUCAUGCCCCUCACUGCUUUUUUGCUGGGGAAGGUCUUCCGGUUGAACAACAUUGAGGCACUUGCCAUCCUGAUUUGUGGCUGCUCACCUGGAGGGAACCUGUCCAACAUCUUCAGUCUGGCUGUGAAGGGGGACAUGAACCUCAGCAUUGUGAUGACCACCUGCUCCACAUUCUUUGCCCUGGGUCUGAUGCCUCUCCUCUUGUACAUCUACUCCAAAGGGAUCUAUGAUGGCAGCCUGCAGGAUAAGGUGCCCUAUAUAGGCAUCAUUAUAUCAUUGGUCAUGGUUCUCAUCCCUUGCACCAUAGGAAUCAUCCUCAAAUCCAAACGGCCAAAAUACGUACCCCAUAUCAUGAAGGGAGGAGCGAUCAUCACUCUAUUAAUUGCUGUGGCUGUCACAGCCCUCUCCAUCAUCAACACAGGCAAGAGCAUCAUGUAUGCCAUGACUCCACACCUGCUGACCGUCUCCUCCCUGAUGCCUUUUAUUGGCUUCCUGCUAGGCUACAUUCUUUCUGCUCUCUUCUGUCUCAAAGCACGAUGCAGGCGUACCAUCAGCAUGGAGACAGGAUUCCAAAACAUUCAACUCUGUUCUACCAUCCUCAAGGUGACCUUUCCCCCUCAAGUCAUUGGACCACUUUUCUUCUUUCCUCUCCUCUACAUGAUUUUCCAGCUUGGUGAAGGGCUUCUCUUCAUUAUCAUCUUUCGGUGCUAUGAAAAAAUCAAGCCUCCCAAGGACAAAACAAAAAUGAUCUACACAGCUGCUGCAACUCAAGAAGCAAUUCCAGGAGCUCUGGGAAAUAGCGCCCACAAAGAGGAAGAGUGCUCCCCUCGCACUGCCUAGCCCUUCCCACAGUAGCCCGGAUUCUGGGCAGAUGGCAACUCAGAAAGCCAGUGUGAUCAACUACAGAGCAACAAAAAUGAAAUACCAGGUUUGUCUUUCUCUAGCACUUCCCAAGCAACCUCAUUUCUUGCAAAGAAGAUUCACUUCAGCAAAAUCAGGGUUUGGACUGGAGGACAAAGGGACAUCUACCCAAGAAGCCCCAUCUAUCCCUUGCUUGUACUUGUUUUUAAAAAAAAUAAAUAAAUAAAAGACUUA